AAAAAUAAGCGAAGCAUAUGUAAUCAUUACUCUUCGAAAAUGAACAUUUUACCAAAGAAAAGAUGGCACGUGAGGACUAAAGAUAAUAUAGCUCGAGUACGACGUGACGAAGCGAAAGCAGCUGAAGAAGAAAAGGAAAAACAAAGAAGAGCAUUGCUUGCUGAACAAGAAACCAGAACUGCGAUCCUAAGGACAAGGGCAAGAGAAAGACAAGGUCUUUCCUCUAUCGAAGGGUCUACAAAGAAGCAAAUUCCAUCCAGCACAGAAACUCGGUAUGAGGUUGUGAUCAGGAAUGGUGCAUGUGUAUCUGUACCAGUAACAGAGGAAAAGAACGUUGUACAGUUUACUGCCUCUGGUCAUGUGAACUUCUUUGCCAAUCUAGAAGAAGGCAAACAAGUUGAAGGAGUUGCAAAUAAGGAACAUGAACAGGAGAAAAAGAAAGAGCAAGAGGACUAUGAAAAGCAGAUUGGGCUAUUGACUUAUCUUGGCCAAGGUUCUAGAGAAUCCACUGGUGAAUCGGCAUGGUAUGAGAAACCCUCAUUAUUGAAAACUCUGAAGAACCAGACACAAGAGGAUAUCAGCUACAAGGAUGAAAGAGCAAAAGAUAUGUUUGAUCCUCUCCGUGUGAUCAGACACUACAUAGGCAAACCAGAGACGACCAAACGAGAACAAUCUAAAAAGAUCACACAACCUGAUCUUCGGUUCCCUGCUGCCAAACCUGAGCCAAUUUCAUCUAGUCCAGAAAAAAAGCACAAGAAAAAAAAGCGAAAAUCGAGAAAGGAAGAAAAGAAAGCCAAGAAACACAAGAAGGAUAAAUCAAGACGCCGGUCGUCUGAGAAGUCUAGUAAGAAAAGGAGAAAAACUAGUGAAGAAGCUAAUUCAAACUCGGAUGAUUCUACGUCAGAAUCUUCCGAUUCCUCCGACUCUGAUGCGGAAAAGAAACAGCGAUUAGCUCUUUUGCGAGCCAAGAGACUGCAACGUGAAAAGGCUGAACGCGCGAAAGCCAAUAAACUCCUGGCCGCUGUCAACGGAACUGUUGCUGCAUCAUCAAAAGAAAAAUCUAAUCGUUCAAACACUGACGAUAGUGACACGGACGAAAAGCUUGUUAAGGCUAAGCCGAAACAGAAAUAUCAUUCUCAAUAUAAUCCCGACAUGGCUAGGCAGAACCAGCCUCUCGAUUCUGCAACUAAAUAUUGGUUGCAAUGACAAUUUUUCUGUCUAAUAAUUUUGGAAAAUAAACAAUCUUUUGAUGACUGGUAAAUGUA